AUGGCCAUGGGCGGAUAUCCUGGUAACAUGGCAUGGGGAGGAGGCGAUGCAAGAAUGGGAGCAGGAGCAGGAGCAGGAGCAGGAGGUAUUGGACCACCACCAGAAUACACAUCGAAUCCAAACCUGGCUAGGUUGGGAGGAGACGGAACCAUGCCCGUAGCCGGUGGUAGCCCCUAUGCGAACUAUGCUGGGCCGUCGCCAGCUAGUCCUCCGUCUAGUAGUAGUACGGCUACGCGGGCACAAGAGCCGACGCCGCGAAUUGGUGGUAGCGGGCGGGCAAACCACGACUACUACGACCAUGUGCCCAUGGGGGCGUAUGCCGACGCAAAAAAGCCUCGAAAAACGUCAGGUGGGGGUAGGGAUGGACUCAUCUCAGCACGGCUGAACCGUGGGCACAAGUCAGGCCAGGUCGGCCCAUCGGGAAAAGAGUGGGUGGAGGGUGAUGCCUUUCUCGACGCCUGCAUCUGUACCACAAACUGCCGGUGUCGAAAGAGCCAGCGAGUCUUGUACCGUGCGCGCGUGGAUGGGCACCGGGCCAGCAGUGGUUCAGACGGCGAGGAGCACGAGUACAGAAGCGGAGAGAUUAGAUAUAUACUCAAAGACGACGUGGGGCGAGACUGCGGCGAUCACAGUGGGUGCAGGAAAGGAGAGAGCCAAGACAGUGACAAGGAGGAGAAACGGAGCAGGAGAAAGGAGAGCAAGGAGGGGGAGAAGCUCCAGGAGCAGUUCCAGGGGCUCAAGGACGACUUGCUCGAGGCACUGGACGAGCGGUUGGAAGACAUGAGGAAAGAAAGGCGUCACCUCAGCGAAGCGCCAGACCCCGCGCGGCCCUCGGUCGGGGCAUCCGGAUUGGGACAGAGUUCGUUGAUGAUGAAUGGGCGGCAGGUGGAUCCACGUAUGGCCAGACAAAUGCCCAUGGUGGUAAACUGUAAUCCCUAUGGCAUGCCCACAUCAGGAAUCGGCCAAAUGCCACAUGGCAUUAGCGGCUUGGCUGCUGCAGGCAGGGCAGGAUUCGGAGAUGACGUUUCUGCAUGGGAAGCAGAUAUGGGGCAUGCAGAGGGCGUGGAGACGCCGUAUCUGCAACCCGGCUGGACGGUCAAGAGGAAGCAGGACAGGAAGAAGAGGAUGAUGAUGAACGGCACGGGUAUGCCGCGGCCCAACAUGAUGCCACCUGAUGGGGCCAAAGCGCGAGGACGAGGCCAGGGAGUGGGAGUGGGAGUGGGCGAGGGCAUGGGUAUGGGUAUGGGCAUGGAUGGUAGAAAUCGGGCGAUGGGCAGAUGGUCCCAGGGGGUGGUGGAUGGCCGCGGAGCCGUGAUGGGACGUCACGGUAGUCGUGGAAAUAGGCGUGGCGGUUUAGAGUCGGAGUCUGACGACUUGGACGCCGUUGAGCCAGGGGCGUCGAUAAACUCUGGCAAAGGCCAACGGGCCGGGCUCGACAGUGCGGGUAAGUAUGUCGACGACGACUCGAGCGGCCCAAAGGUCUAG